AUGAGCACACAGAAUGGCGACGUUCGCCACCGCCAACCGAACGGCAAAGUGUCAAAUCUGGCUAACGGAGCCACAAUUGCCGGGAAGAACGACAUCGCUCACACCACAGACGAAGACGCCAAGAAUGCAGCCAACACAAUGAAUCUGCUCAUAUGUGUAGGGGGCAUAUAUGCAUCAUUUCUCACAUGGGGUGUACUUCAAGAACGAAUCACCACAACCAACUAUGGCACCGAAUCGCAACGCGAAGUGUUCAAAUAUCCAGUGGUCAUGAACACUGUUCAAUCGGCCUUCGCAGCUCUGCUUGGCUACCUCUAUGUGUUGGCUACCAGGAAGACGUCCUCGGAUCUACCCAUAUUCCCUUCACGGAAGAUUGUCUGGCCAUUGAGUCUAGUCGCCAUCACCUCCUCGUUGUCUUCACCAUUUGGGUAUGCGAGCUUGCAAUAUGUCGAUUACAUUACCUUCAUUCUGGCCAAGUCUUGCAAGCUCGUCCCGGUCAUGCUUUUGCACGUUACCCUUUACCGCAAGCGGUACCCAUUCUACAAGUAUGCUGUGGUUGCACUGGUGACAGCUGGCGUGGCGAUCUUCACCCUUCAGUCCUCGAGCGGAUCGAAGAAGAAAGGAGCCAGCAGCAACAGUGUAUACGGUCUGGUGCUACUCGGCAUCAACUUGAUGUUCGAUGGCCUUACGAAUUCGACACAAGACAACAUUUACGGCAGCUUCCGGCCAUACACGGGACAGCAGAUGAUGUGCGCUUUGAAUGUCAUGUCGACGUUUCUCACCACGGCUUACCUACUUGUUUCGCCAUAUCUGGUGCAGAGUGGAGUUGGAGCCAUGUUCGGCAUUGAUGCAAAGGGAGCAGGCGAGCUUCAGGACGCUCUGGCCUUUAUCCAGCGUCAUCCAUCAGUCGGUUUGGACAUUGUCGGAUUUGCCGCUUGUGGUGCUUUGGGGCAGGUCUUUAUCUUCAUGACUCUUUCCAUCUUCGGCAGCCUCUUGCUAGUCACCGUGACAGUCACGCGGAAGAUGCUGACCAUGAUCCUUUCGGUGGUAUGGUUCGGCCACACACUCAGUGGCAUGCAGUGGCUCGGAGUCGGUCUUGUGUUUGGAGGCAUCGGAAUGGAGGCAGAGCUAUCGAAACGAGAGAAACAGCGAAAGCUGAAGGAGAAAAAGUCUGGUUGA